AUGAAAUAAAGAAACUAAACGAAAUCUGUUAUUUCCAACAAAACAUCAAGUUAAACUACUGCCACAAUAAUUGCUCCUGAUCGAGGGAAUCCUACCACCGCUGCAAUGUAUAAUUUUAAGCCUGACCAGAGGUUGGUUUUGUAAUUUACAAUCAGAGAUUCAAAGGAUGUCUUUGCUAAUAUGCUAAAAUUCAAAAUGAAAAGCACCUUAAAAAAGACAAAUCAAAAGUUCCUUUUCCUUAACUUUGAAUAAAAGGCUGACACUAUUGGAAAAUUUGUUGUCUAAGGGACCCUAUAUAAUUGUCGAAUUAUUUUGACAAUCUUUGAUUCUAAGGAAUAAUAAAAGAGAAACUGUCAACCAGUAGAAUAUACUCUACAGUUUUUUCCUCUGUAUGUGAAAAAUAGGCCCAGAGGAAAUAAUAUCAGAAAUGCGAUUUGCGAGUAUAUCACUCAUGAUUCACCGAUAAAUAUUUUAGCCUUUUAAAAUUAUAAAAUUGAACACUUAAUCCAGAAGUUUUUCAAGCUUAUCAUUAGAUAAUUUGGAGGCAUCCACUUGCAGUUAGCUGAUAGAGCUGUGUGUUUGAUCUUAGAGAAGAGUUUAAUUGCUGUCAAGAUAGUUCAUAAAGUAAUCGAAUAAUUUGCUUUCUAACAUGAUCUUAGAAUGAAUGCCAUUAAAAAAUAUGCUGACAGCGAAACAAGUUGA